CUUGUCAUGAUAAUAAUCCCCUGUGACAAUAAAUGGACAAAUGCAAGGAAACAAACACUUUGCACUGACUUAUUUGCCUUUUAAUGAACACCAAGAAAAAGUUUGACGAAUAAAGCCUGCAGUGUCACAAGUAAAGUCCGUCAUGGAACUUCCUGAAAUGAAGCCAUUGCACAAACUGGGAGGACGGGUUGAAGUGCAGAGGACAGAAGACAAGUGGACACACACGCACACACACAAAGGGGAUCUUUUCUGUGAACCAGAAAGUGAACAGACUAGAGAAGAGGUGGAAAUAAGUUUGCUGCUGUCAAAGUGAGAGAACAGCUGAGAAGUUGGGAUGAUUCUUCUCGUCUGGUCCGCUCUGCUCCUCCACAUGAGCGUCUGCAGGGGACAAGCAUCACAGAGCGACUACGCCUGCUGGGGUGGAUUCUGCAUCCACGUUGGCAGCCGGCAAAUAACAUCAGAAGUGGGACUCUGCGCCGUCUUGCCGUGUUCAUACUCCGCCGAAAACUUCACCCCACAAAGCGUGGUUUGGUUCAAAUGUGACCAAGACAAAAAAUGCACCAACUCCGACAUAGUAUUCCACUCCAAGAACAUGAACAAAACAAGGAACAGCUUCAAGGGGAAGAUAUCACUGCUGGAGCAGGAUGUGAGUCGCAGGAACUGCAGCAUCAUCAUCCACGACCUCAGCCAGUCUGAUUCGGGAUUCUAUCAGCUCCGAAUUAAUGGCCUCUUUGGCGGGAACACUGAUGGAUUCAACUUCAACCAGCACAGGGUACAACUAAGGGUAAAAGAGCUGAAGCAGAAGCCCACAGUGUUGAUCCCCACCCUGACCGCGGGCCGACCCGCCGCGCUCACCUGCACCGCCCCCGGCCUCUGCUCCAAGGAUGCCCCCGCCUUCAACUGGACAUGGAGGCGAGCAGGGGACGACUCCCCCCACGUCCUCUCGGGGAACCUCACGCUUGCUCGCCGGAAUCUGUCUGAUUUCACGCAACGACACAGCGCCACCUUGACCUUGAACCCUUCCGCCGAGCAGCAUGGCACCCGGGUCACGUGCAGCGUCGCCUUCAAGGGGGUCAACGCCACCACGGAGGAGACGGCGACGCUAAAUGUGACUUACGUGAAGACGCCGUCCAUCACCGGGCAGACGACAGUAAAGGAAGGCGACACGCUGAAUCUGAGCUGCAGCGUUGACAGUUUCCCACCUUCUCGCGUAACGUGGAGUCUUCUAGAUUCCCACGAAACAAAGCCGCACACAGAGCUGACCCAAGCUGUCGGCACCGCCUACCUCGUCAUCCCAAAUGUGGCCGCCGUCCAUUCCGGCCGCUACGUGUGUGCGGCGAACCACAGCGCGGCGACACUGACGGCGCACGUUGACAUGACCGUGACCUGGUUUGCGGGGAUCCUCGACGGGUCUGGAUGUGUGAUGCAGGCGGCGGGUCUGACCUGCGUGUGCAUCAGUCGCGGGGUUCCUCAUCCCGUUGUCACGUGGCCUUCGCUGGAGAACCGGACCGAGUACCACGCGGGCACGAUCGCCUCCAACGACACCGUUAGCAGCAUCGCUCUGACUGUCGGAGGCCGCCACCUUUCUGCUGUUGAGUGUGUCAGCAGCCAUAAAGACGGGCAGGCAAAGAAAUUCCUCAGCAUUGAAACGAAAACAUUAGAACCUGAAGACUCACGAGUGGAAACCUUCGCAAGUGUGCUGCGGGCCGACGUCAUCAUUGCAUUUUUGGUCGGAACGCUUCUUUCCGCCAUCUUGUGCUUGUUGCCAAUGAUCUGCUGCAGCUGCAGACAAACUAAGAAAAACUCUUGCCCGCUGGAUUUGGAAAUGGUGUCCCCACGGGAGGAAUCAGAGGAAACUGACGCCGAGAGGGGUGAAGGAGAAGGCGGCGAUGUCAACGGCGAGGACAAAGCUGACGUGGACUACGCCUACAUCAACUUCUCAGUGCUGAGGCGAAACAACGCCAGGGGGGCGGCGCCCAAGCACGAGGCUACGGAGUACGCGGAGAUCAAGAAAGCGGGCUGCAGAAAUGACGGCAAAUCCGAGCAGUUGUUGGAAUGCCAGGGAACGCAGGAGGGCGGACCUCAGUGCGGCGAGCUAAAAGAGGACGAGGAGGUCCUGUAUUCAGAUGUGAAGGAAACAAUGAUGUGCAACGACGUCAUCGAUGGUCAUGGAGAUAAUUGAACUCAACCUUUUUUUCCCCCCUAAGCAUGAACCACAUCUCACAGGAGCCAAACAUAUGUAUUAGGGCUGUGAAUCUUGGGGCACCACACGAUUCAAUUCAAUUCUAGGGGGUAACGAUUCGAUUCAGAAUCGAUUCUCGAUUCAAAAUCAAUAUUUGGUAACACUUUAGUAUUGGGAACAUAUUGUAAGAGACAAAGACUUAAAGGCCUACUGAAAUGAUUUUUUAAAAUUUAAACGGGGAUAGCAGAUCCAUUCUAUGUGUCAUACUUGAUCAUUUCGCGAUAUUGCCAUAUUUUUGCUGAAAUGAUUUAGUAUAGAACAACGACGAUAAAGUUCGCAACUUUUGGUCUCUGAUAAAAAAAAGCCUUGCCCCUACCGGAAGUAGCGUGACGUAGUCAGUUGUUCGCCUCCUCAUAUUUUCCUAUUGUUUUCAACGCAGCUAGAGCGAUUCGGACCGAGAAAGCGACGAUUACCCCAUUAAUUUG